GAAUUCACACAUCGAUUGGAAAAUGGCAAGAUCUUCAUCGUGGCACCGAAUGUCAAAUUUCUUCAGAAAGUAUCGAAAAAUCCCUCACUCCUCCUUCAAAACGAAAUGGAACGAAAAUCUCAAGCAGAAAUAUGCCAUGGAAGAGCUAAGAAGCGGCCUUAUCGCAGAUUCAGGCUCAAACGAAAACGAUGGCGUUUUGCGAACACUCAUAAGCUCCUUCCGCCUCCAUAACUGCGAACCCACGCCUCAAGCUUACAAAUUCGUUAUCAAAACCCUAGCCAAAACCUCUCAGCUCGAGAACAUCGCAUCUGUUCUCAAUCACAUCGAAAUCUCCGAGAAAUUCGAUACACCCGAAUCCAUCUUCAGGGACGUCAUCUUCGCCUAUGGAUUCUCCGGUAGAAUCGAAGAAGCAAUCGACGUUUUCUUCAAAAUCCCUAAUUUCAGGUGCGUGCCUUCUGCUUACACGCUCAAUGCUCUGCUCUCAGUUCUUGUGAGAAAGAGACAAGGCCUGAAAAUGGUGCCUGAGGUUUUGUUGAAAGCUAGUAAAUUGGGUGUGAGGUUAGAGGAAUCUACUCUCGGGAUAUUGAUCGAUGCUCUUUGUAGAAUCGGUGAGGUAGAUUGUGCCACAGAUUUAGUGAAAGACAUGAGUGAUGAUUGUUACAUCGUUGAUCCAAGACUAUACUCUCUGUUGCUGAGCUCUGUCUGUAAACACAAGGACUCUUCAUGUUUCGAUGUCAUUGGAUAUUUGGAAGGUCUGAGAAAGACUCGGUUUUCGCCAGAUUUGCGUGAUUACACAGCCGUAAUGAGGUUCUUGGUCGAAGGAGGAAGGGGAAAAGAAGUUGUGAGUGUACUGAACCAGAUGAAAUGUGAUCGAAUUGAGCCUGAUAUCGUUUGUUAUACGAUCAUAUUGCAAGGGGUUAUUGCAGAUGAGGAUUACAAGAAAGCAGACAAGUUGUUUGACGAGUUGCUCUUGUUAGGUUUGGUUCCUGAUGUUUAUACAUAUAAUGUGUAUAUCAAUGGCUUAUGCAAGCAGAGCGAUAUCGAAUGCGGGAUAAAGAUGAUGUCUUGUAUGGAGAAGCUAGGUUCUGAGCCUAAUGUAGUUACAUACAAUAUAUUGAUUAAGGCAUUGGUUAAGGCAGGGGAUAUGAGCCGAGCUAAGAUUAUAUGGGAAGAGAUGGAGACAAAUGGGGUUGAUAGGAACAGCCACAGUUAUGAUAUUAUGGUUAAUGCGUCUAUUGAAGCAGACGAGGUUGUUUGUGCUCACGGGUUAUUGGAGGAAGCAUUUAGCAGGAGCUUGGUUGUUAAGAGUUCAAGAACCGAGGAAGUCAUUUGCAGGUUAUGUGACAAAGGUUUGAUGGAUAAAGCAGUGGAACUUUUGGUACACCUGGUUUAAGGAGCUUGUGAUGACCUUUUUUUAUAGCUGUUGAACAACUCCAAAUACCAACAAUUUUGAUGUAUUUUGAUCUGAUCGAUGAUAGUUAGAAGUUGAUAGAAGGGAGGUUAAUUUGUCUAGCAAGACUUUGGGAAGUGAUCAAACUACGUGUUCAAAGCAGAAUAGAAAUCUUACAAAUGUAUAAAA